AUGGCGGUCGAGUUGAUGCCUGGAUACAACUUGGCGUCUAAAAUGGAAGUGACCGACGCCCGGGAGGCGGGGGCCGCCGGCCUGAGGAGCGUCGAGAAACUCAUCAGGCUGCUUUCUCCGGCCGCCACCAACCAGGUCGCCGCCGGAGACUACCGGGCAGCUGCCGACGCCGCCGUCUGCGAUUUCAAGAAAUUCAUCUCCCUCCUCGACCGGACCCCGCGUGCCGGCCACGCCCGGUUCCGCCGAGGACCAGUCUCGAACCCGGUUCCAGUUGCCGAACCGCCCUAUCCAUCGGCCCCUGCCCCGAAAACCGAGGAGACCGGCCAAGGCUCCAGGACUCACUGCCCGGCUCCGGCGCAGCCGCCGUUGCAGCGGCUGCCGCCGCUUCCGGCGGUAAAGACAGGGCAGAUCGAGCGGAGGGAGACGUCUACAACCAUCAGCUUCGCGUCUCCGGCGGCUUCGUUCGUGUCCUCUCUGACGGCGGGGAGAGCGGACAGCCUGCAGCCGUCGAUGACGUCGUCGGGGUUCCAGAUCACGAACCUUUCGCAGGCGUCGUCCGCCGGCCGGCCGCCGCUGUCGACGAAAUCGAGGUUGAAGAGGGUAGUGAGAGUGCCGGCAAUAAGCAUGAAAAUGGCAGAUAUUCCACCGGACGACUACUCUUGGAGAAAGUACGGUCAAAAGCCAAUCAAGGGCUCACCUCAUCCUAGGGGUUACUACAAAUGCAGCAGCGUGAGAGGGUGCCCGGCCCGAAAGCAUGUUGAGCGGGCUUUGGACGACCCGACAAUGCUAAUAGUAACUUAUGAAGGAGAACACAAUCAUGCAAUCUCACGUACAGAAGCACCUGCGCUAGUCCUCGAAUCAUCUUAA